CUCGACGCGAGCGGUUGUACGUAGCGGAUAAGCGACCACACGGUGUAUAAGUAGCAGUUAAAAAAAAUAAUAAUAACAACAAAAAAUACAACAAAGUGUGCAUGAAGAAUAGUGAGUAAGAUAUCAGUUACGUGUGAGCAGCUAAGCGUAUAAGAACAGUUAAAAAUAUACAUAUGUACAUAUAAGAGCACAUGUGUCUGUGAGAUAAAAAGAAUUUUCAGUCAAGAGAAGUGCGAUAGUGCUCUUCUUCUUCUUCGCCUAUACCAACAGUGCUACUUAAGAGUGUAAAAAAAAAUAAAUACAACAAUAAGCAAGUCGCAUUAAAAGUGAGUGAAAAAGUGUAACAGUAAAAGGCAAAAAUAACGCAAAAAACUCGAGAUCAGCGAAAAACCCGUUAAGCCACACGCAUUUUAUCUAGCAAACGAAAGUGUCUCAGAAAGUAAGCAAAAUACAGCGAAAAGGCAGUACAAUACAUACCGACAUAGCAAUAAUAAAGCGACUAAACGGUAAAUAAUAAUGUCACCAUUUACAAGCGAUUUGAACGGCAGCAGCAACAACAUGAACAUGAUGAGCUAUGCGGACAGCAUGUCACUGAUGGCACGCGGCAAUGCCAGCGACAAUGCCAACCGCAACAAUAGCAACAUGAACAACAAUAGCAACAACAACGAAAGCGACAACAGCAGCGGAUGUGACAAUAUGUCGUUGCUGAGUCGCUGCCGUCGCAACAUCAGCAUGGGCGCUAGCAAUUUGAUGAGCUACCAGAAUAUGCUCGUUAUGCUAACGGUAUUGGUGUGCGGCCUUGCCACUGUUAACGGGCUCAAGUGCCACAUGUGCGGCCAGUAUAACGAGGGCGUCGGCUCGAUUACGCCCUGUCUCAACUAUUCGGAUCAAUAUGCACAUCUCUACUUGAAGGAAUGUUCGAAGAAAAGCGAGAAAUACUGUGUGUUCCAAGUCAUUAGUUUUACCACGAACCAUCCACCGUUAACUUUUAUAAACCUUACCUAA